CCUGCUCCAGCCGGGAGGUGCGCGGCGCUCUAUCAUGGUGUCCGUGACGUCAUGCCUCAGUCGUGCCGCCUAGCGGCCGCCCUCGUCGCGCUGCUGCUGCUGCUGCUCGCCGGACAGGUCACAUCCAAAUACUGCGAUGGUGGGCAAUACUGCCCCCCGCCUAAGGAGUGCUGCGCGCAGGGCUGCUGCGCCUACAGACCACCCCUGCCUCUGCCGCCUGCCACGAGCUUCGUCUUCUGGAACCACUGGUACUUUGGGCUGCUGCUGCUGCUCCUGGUGGCGUCGUGCGCUGGCGGCUGCGGGCUGUGGCGACGGGGUCGCAGCUGCUGCUGCGGCUGCGCGCCGCAGGACGACGACGCAGCGGGCAGCGACGCGGGCGCCCCUAGCGGCUCCCUGCGCAGCUCGGCCGGCUCCUGCUGCCCCCCACCACACUACAGCCGCUGCUCCUCGCUGCACCGCGCGCCACCUCCGUACACUGAGGUGACAUCGAAGCCUGACUUGUACCCUCUGGUGAUCAGCUAUGGUGAUGCUCCCAAAGGCAGUGUGGGCAACAGCUACCUCAUGGUCCAGUAUUUUCGCAACUAUAUAGUGCGACCUGUAGGUUCUCUGUCAGCAGCAAGCACUGCAGAUUCCUUAAGUUCCAGUUUCCUGUGCAGUGCUGCAAAUGAGGCGAAUACGGCAGUGCCACCGCCCUACUCUUCUGCGGGCAGCCUGGACGGCUUGACGUCGGCCUCAGGUCCCGCGGGGGCAGCGGAUAUGGCGGGCGUUCCCGUGACGGUGAGCCCCGAGGCGGACCGGCGCGCCCCCUCCGCCUCCUCCUCCGCCACCGCCUCCGACGUGAGCAGCCUGGCAGGGUCCGGGUCCCCGGGAUCGCCGCCGCGCGCCACCAGCCCCACGCUGGAGCCGCUGGCCAAGGCGCGCGGCCCGCCGCCUCCCGCGCCGCCCCCGACGCCGCCGGCACCGCCCCCGCCGCCCCAGCUGUCGCGGCCGCGCCGCCUCCUGCCCCCGCGCGCCGUGCCGGGCCGCCGCUGGCUGUCGCGCUCCGCCCCCACUACACCGUCGGCGCCGCCGCCCGACGGCAGCCCGCUGCUGGCGGAGCCGCCCUCUGACGAGGAACUAGACGCCACCGUCUGA